UCAAAGUACACAAACAACUUGGCUUCACUUUGGAACACAUGGCUACGGUGCUACAGGGAAAUGAAAACAAAGUUUUGGUAACGUUAGCCAAGUACUUAUCUUGAAAAAUUACUUCUACACUCGUUGGAAACGGAUAUGUUGCCAGUAUUCAAGUUUGAUUGACAAAAAAAGGUGCCUUGGUUGAAGAUGGAUGCAGUUCCUUGCAGUUGGAACACUACAAGAGUUCAGGAGUCAUUUGCUCGGACUAAGCCUGCAUCAGACGCGCUAACAAAUCUGGCAAAACUUGUGGCACAAAAGCAAGAGAGUAAAAGCCAAAACCAACUACUGCCUGAUGUGUGCCCGUGUGUGUGCGCAGAGUGCAGCCAGGGAUUCUCUGACAUGGCUGAAUUAUUGCACCACCAACAGGGAGAACAUGCCUUACCUAAGCGUCACCGAUGCCUUUCCUGUGGCAAGGAGUUUUCUCUCCUAUCCUCUUUGCAGUUGCACAAGUGCAUUCAUGAUGCAGCCCCUUGUCAGCUCUGUUGUGGUAAACCUCAGCUAGAUGCUCCAUGCAAUGCAUGCAAGGCUUCAACCUCAGACUCUCAGAGUGUCCAGGAUAAGUCCCUUCAUCACCAGUCCCACCAUCAUGAUAGCAGAUCAUAUGCCUGUGCUCCGUGUGGUAAAGGCUUUAGCCAAAAGCAAGCACUGCUUCACCAUCAGCAGGCUGGCUGUAGUAAAUCUGCCUCGCGAACUGCAAAAGUUGUCAGCCCUCCCGCUGACUCUCCCUCGCCUGAAUCUGCCCUGUCUGACUCUUCACCCCCUGACUCUCCCCACUCGGACUCUCCUUCCCCUGAUGCCACUAGUGCCCCAGUUCCUGACAGGCCAAACCAAUGCCCACUUUGCUCCAAGAGCUUUCGCUCAGGGGCUGGCCUUGCCUGCCAUCAGCGAUCCACGCAUCAGAAGGAGUGGAGUAUCUCUAGGUAUCUCCCGCCAAAAGGAGGCACAAAUGGGGUAAAUAGAAAGUCCAAGCAGAAGAGUCAACUCCUCUCCUGUCGUUCCUGUGACAGGGUCUUCCCAAGCACUGCCAAGCUGUACUUGCACAGACAAGAGUCCCACAGCAGAGAGAAGGAUAUCAGAAGAGAUCCAAGGCCGCUGAUUAGCAAGCGGAGGAAAAGAGAGACUUACCCAUGUGAAGUUUGUGGUAAAGUGUUCUUGCACCACUUGUCACUUAAAGCACAUGUCAAGAACCAUAGUCAAGAACCACCAAGCCAUGUUCAGCAGGUUGGGAAAGCAGCCAAGGAGACCAAGUUAGCUGAGAAGAUGCCAAAAAAGACUAAACGCAACCAAUCACGGAAGAUGAGAGGAACAUUGGUCAAGGCUGGCAGAGGGAGACCAAAGAAAAUUCCCAUGAAAGAGGAAGAGGGAGAGUUUCCUUGCCCAUCUUGUGCUGAGGUGUUUUCUUUGCAGUCUGCCCUGAAGGAGCAUGAGGAGUUGCAUCAGCCUACAGGGAGUAUGAGACACUGCAGCGUGUGCAAUCAGGGCAUGAGUAUCUCUAAGAAGCCUAAGGCCAAGCUUCGGAGGGCCUACCAUUGUGUGCCCUGCCUGAAGGCUUUUGUAACACUGGACACUUUCUUACAACACUGCCAAAAUCACCUCGUUGUCAGUGGCGAUGAGGAGAGGAGCUAUUCAGACACUGAUGGCAAAAUCUGAGAUGAUGUACUCUUCAUUUUUGAACAAGCUGUACUGAGUUCCCAAGAGAAUAUUAUGUGUACACGUACAUUUUAAAGUGUGAAAUAUUUAGACCACUCGCCAGAAUAGCUGUUUGGAUGUAACUCAUGUCAACAUGCCAUUCAAGUUGCAACAAUACAUUGAGAAAAAAAUGUGUGUGCUGUCUGAUACCUUUCGUGACUGACCCACAGUGGUACACUGUGGAAGCGUUGAAGACACAAUCUUCCUAGGCUUAUAUCCUCGUCGUGUUAAUUCUUGAUUUCUACAUUUUAUAUCCCAUCACAAAUCAGAUCCAACCAUCCAUUUGUCGAUUUGGUUUAAAUGAAAUUAAUAUACGCAAGACCUAAUUUAGCAUGUUGCUGGAGCAUUAAAAUAUUACUUUUAUUUUUUUUAUAAACAACCCAAUUCAACUUCAACAAAUCUGGGUUGCAAUAUUAACUGCACUGUUAGAAAUAACAUGGCCUAAGAUGUGGUUUCAAAUAGCUUUUAAAGUAUUUUUUAUGUAACAUAGCAGUUGGAAUGGACAGUGAUAUAGUUUACUAUAAUAUUAACAGGUUUAUUGACAGGUUUUGAUUUGAAGACUCAAAUGCAGACCAUAUUUCCAUUUAAUGUGAUUUUUUUCCAACUCUUGAUGGCAUUGUACUUGUAAGUGUGACACUGGUUUAGCAUCAAUUUCAUGAUUAUUUACCGUGUGUGUGUGUGUGUGUGUGUGUGUGUGUGUGUGUGUGAGAGAGAUAUGCAUACUCAUGGAGCCACUAAAGGCCGUCUAACAAUGUGACAUAACAGGUUCAUUUUCUCUGGAAGAAGCUUUGUCUUGGAUAUUAUUAUGCAAAACAAGCAUUGAUGGCAACCUUCCUGAAAUUGUUUGUUAGCAAUUGGUGUACCAGGUUAUCAAUUUUCUGCUGUUUUGUAAAAAAUUAAAUAUAAUUAAAUCUUAAAAAGAAGUCAAAUGUUAUUUUUAAAAAGGAUUUUAGGUUUCAACUUAGGAAAGUGCCUUUGUAUCCGAGUUAGCAACCUUUUCUUAGAACAUACCUCAUUAAAAGUAUUCUCCCAUGAA